CUCAUUUGCGGAGGCGGCACGGUUAGUGCAAGCUCAGUAGCUGUUAGCGACGCAUCGUGUGCAGUGGCCAAGCAGCUGUAGCAAUGGCCAUGGACGACUACGAUGAUGACAUGAGCAGCGUGGGCGUGACCACAGCACGCAUCGAGAACCAACAGCAGCAGCAGCAGCACUACCAUCCGCAGGGUUCAAACCAGAGCAGUGGAGGCGCCGUUAAGGUUGGGGGCUGGCGCUACGAGGACGCCAGUCGCUACAUAGGCGAGUGGAAUCAACGUGGACAGAAGCAUGGCAUAGGACAUCUGCAGUUCGCCGAUGGCACGCGCUACGACGGACAGUUUCAGGAGGGCCUCAGCCAGGGCCUAGGCUGCCUUUGGUUUCCCGAUGGCGCCAAAUACGAAGGAGAGUUCCAUCAGGGCUGGUUUCAUGGCAACGGCAUAUUCUGGCGCUCGGAUGGAAUGAAAUAUGAGGGCGAGUUUCGUGGCGGCAAGAUAUGGGGCUGGGGUCUGCUCACCUUUCAAGAUUUUACGCACGGAUUUCCGCGCAACGAGGGCUUCUUUCAGGACUGCCGCUUCAUGAGGAAGCGUCGCUGCCCCGACGUUGUACAACGUUCACAGAAAUGUGCGCUAAUGGCGCGUUCACAAUGCGAGCACCCCUACUGAACAGUAACAAUAAAAAACAGAGCUAGACAUAAUAUUUAACA